CUCACAACUCCACUCCACUUCAUUCCACCUUGUCCCAAUGUAGACAUAACAUUAACUUCGAAUAUGUCAGUAAAACCCUCAUUCCUACUCAUCAUCUGCUUAGUAGUCUACUUCUCCAACAUAACCUCAACAGAUGCCUCCUCUCAAACAAAAGGUCUAACAAAACGUGCUUUACAAAAAGACCAUGAAAAACCCCAAGCUGAAAAAUGGUUAGACGCAUUCUUCGGACGCACCCAGACCUUUGACCAAGUCCCAUCACUAGUAAACCUUAUCACAGUGAUAACAAAAAACUUCCUCACUGGUUGCACCAGUAUAAUCCUCUAUGACUCCGUAGUGGAAGAAGGAGAUGGAUUACUCCUCGAACAACUAUUCCGCAUCUAUCCCACUCCAUUUGUCCAUGGUCAAAUAACCAACAACUACAAAAUCAAAUACCCUAAAGUCCUUAGCAGUACUGGUAACACCUGUGUAUCCUACAUAAUGUUCAUGGCGGAUGUAAUGAAAGCCAAAGACGUCAUCGGGGAACAAAGCGAGAACAAAGUGGUCAUAGUCUCAAGGUCAUCACAAUGGCGCGUGUAUGAAUUCCUAGCAAGUGAAGUAGCACGGGUUUUUGUAAAUCUUUUAGUAAUACAAAAGUCAGAAAAAAUCCUCUACACAGGCGUAGAAAGCUCUUAUAUCCAAUACACCCAUAGAAUGUACGUUGAUGGUAUCGGAAGCAGUGAACCCGUCGUGAUCAACUCAUGGAAAGAUAACAACUUUACAAGAUGGACGAAUAUGUUCCCUAUGAAAAUGGCGGAAGGUUUCGCUGGGCAUAGAUUCAUCGUGGGAGUAGCACACCAACCGCCAUUUGUUAUAAAAAUAGUAAACCCGGAUGAUAAUACCAUCACAUGGGAUGGGAUUGAGUUGAGGAUGUUGAAUAUGUUAUCAGAACAAUAUAAUUUCACCACAGAUGUAAGAGAAUCAAAAAAUGUGGAUUAUUAUGGGUCUGGAAAUGCGGUAACUCAUGAUAUCUCUUCGAAACGUGCCCAGUUGGGUAUUGGUGGUGUAUAUGUCACUCCGGAACGCUUUGCUCAAGUGGAUGUCUCCGCAGCGCAUUCACAUGACUGUGCUGCGUUUAUAACCCUUUCAUCAACGGCCCUUCCAAGAUAUCGUGCGAUUUUUGGUCCGUUCCAUUGGACAGUCUGGUUAUGUGUAACUUUAAUCUAUCUCUUUGCCAUUUUCCCGCUGGUUUUAUCAGAUAAACAAACCUUGGCCCCUUUGUUGAAAAACCCCGAGGAGAUUGAAAAUAUGUUCUGGUAUGUUUUUGGUACCUUUACAAAUUGCUUCACCUUCAAAGGACCUGCUUCCUGGGGUAGUUCAGAAAAGGUCACCACCAGGGUCCUGGUUGGCUUCUAUUGGAUCUUCACCAUUAUAACAACUGCUUGUUAUACUGGAUCUAUCAUUGCUUUUGUUACUCUACCGAUUACACCGCAGACUAUUGAUACAACUGCACAACUUGUUAAGGGAAGAUAUCAAAUUGGAACACUUGAUCGUGGUGGUUGGGAAUAUUGGUUUGCCAACUCAACGGAUGCGCACACAGAUAAAUUAUUCAAGACGAUCGAAUACUUGCCCAAUGUCCAGGCGGGUUUGAGGAACGUGACCAGAGCGUUCUUCUGGUCGUACGCGUUCCUCGGCUCGCGAGACGAAUUGGAUUUUAUCGUGCGCACCAACUUUACGACGCAGAGCAAACGGAACAUACUGCAUAUCAGUGAUAAUUGCUUUGCGCCCUAUGGCGUCGCUUUCCUCUUUCCGUUAAAUUCCAUCUACCAGUCUACUUUUAAUCGUGGGAUACUCAAUGUUGUACAGAGUGGAUUUAUACAGAAACUUAAAAAUGAUGUGGAGUUUGAUAUCAUGCGCAGUGCGACUGGGAAAUUGUUACAGGCUAAUGUUGGUGGUAAAAUGCGAUUGAUUAUUCAAGAUCGUGCGUUGUCUUUGGAUGAUACACAAGGAAUGUUUUUAUUGCUCGGUGCGGGUUUUUUACUCGGUGCUUUUUCAUUGAUAUCUGAAUGGUUGGGUGGUUGCCUAAAUUUUUGUAAGCGUAGAAUACGUCGUUUGAGCACUACAAGUAUUGGAAGUAAUCCUAGAUCUUACGAUUCGCCUACUCCAAGAGAAAAAGUUGGUUCUUUGGAGUAUAGUAUUCAUACACGUAUGCAUAGUUUCUCGGAUGGUCCGCCCACAACAGAAGUCGAGGAGAGUGUGCAUAUUGUUUCGAAUGGUAUUGCGCAAGAGAUAUUAAUACAUCACCAACAUCAACAGCAUAAAAUUGAGAAGGAGAUUGAAGAAAUUGAAGAUAAUCAUUGUUCUUCUGCUGGUGUUGAUGUUAAAGAUGAUGUUAAUGAUGCGAAAGAUAUGAAUUUUGAUGAAGAGAUUGAUAAGGCGUUUGAUUUGGAAGAUAUGUUGUUUGGAGAGAUUAGUGGCACUGAUAAUGAAGAAGAAAACGAAGUGAAAGAAGAAUUGCAAUUUACUGAAGGACAAAUUGCUUUUACCAAUUGAUAAUGCAUAAUAUUUCACGAAAUAAAUGUUUAGUUUGGUGUUUCUUGAUGGUAUCAACACGUAAAGUAUUUUAAAAUAACAAAAGUACAACGUUUUUAGUACAAAGCUAGAUUUUUAACUCUUUUAAGAGAUUUUUGCAUGUAAUUGAUUAAUAUAUAACCAAAAAACGAUUGAAUACCGCUUAAUAAACAAAUGGGUUAAUGGCUUAA